AAGUGAUCAGCGCGUGAAGUGUUUUUGUUGCCAAAUGGCCAAUGCAGUUGAUAGGUUUAUGAAAUGUAUGCGUUCUGGAGCAGACCCAACUAAAAUUCUUGACGAAAUCCAAAAUCUUCUUUCAACCAACAGUUUUUCUGGAAUUUCGUGUGCAAACUUAGAAAAGUUGGUGUUUGGUCCUGAAGGGCUUAUUAGAUUUUGCGAAUCCUCCACUCAGAAGAGCGAAUAUGCAGUUGAAUUUAUUUUAAUGCUUGUAAGGUUCGGAGUAUUAUCGAUUAAACUUUUGAAUCUCAAACGAAAGGACCAUCUUGUGUCUGUGGUUUUAAGUGUUACGAAAAACAGCAGGAAAGAAGAGCUUUGGAUCAGCUGUCUUUCACUGUUGACAAACGAAAAUCUUGCUGAGGCUAUUGGUUCUUCUAAAAUUCUAUCUGAUAUGACAUGUGAUUUCUUUCUGCAGAUACAUACUGUUGCCACAAAAAGCUCUAAAGUUUUGGAGCAAGCAUCCGCCGCUUUCUAUAAGCUGUGGGAGUCCCAAGUUGAUCUGUUUUUGCGCCAACCUACUUUAUCGGCUUUACAUUCUGUGGUCCAAAUCCUGGCUUUUGGCAUGGCUCUGGCUAAGCUUGUUCCGGAGAAAUAUAUACAAAAGUUAGGCCGCUUGUCUGGAAAACUGAUCGAUGUCGAAAGGAAGUUACAGAGUAGUGGUUUAGUACCGAAGGCCCACUUUUUCAGCAUGCGAGAGGUUGUUGACUUAUCUCCCAUGAAAAUGCUUUCAAUGAUAGCCGAUAUUUUGUUGCAGAAACCUGGUCCAGUUCUGGUUAUCCUCAAGCAACUUGUAUCCAUGUUUCCCGCCUUCAUAAUGGACGAACCGUCUCUAGUUAAAAUAAUCGAAAUCCUAAUGUGUGCAAUCCGUACGCCUUCUCAAGAUAUAGGUAACAUGAAUAACGAAACAAAAGAUCCCGAAGAAAUAUCUGAAGAACCAGCUGUUUUAUCUCUGGAUAUCUUCAUUAAACUAGUUACAACUUUAUCCAGUUAUGGUUCAAAGUUUAAUGAUCUCCCUAGACUAUUACUCCAGCUUUUUGAUCUACUUAGAGCUUUUCCAACUACAUUAGCUCAUUCAGAAGCUCGCCUAUUUGCAUGGUGGCAUUUCAUUUGCUGCUUAAAUUCAGAUUUACUUAUUGAUGGUUUUAGAAAGUUUCUAUCUCCUUUCCUGGCAAACCUUUUGGGACGGUACUUGAGCAUCAGUACUCCACAAGGAGAUCCUCAACUUCACCCAUACAAACUUAGUCAAGGAAAUGUAUAUGAAGGAAAUGUAAAAGCCUUUGAACUUGUUCAACAUGUAUAUAGCUGUUUUUUCAGUGAAUCUUCAGUUAAAUUUCAUCAGUUAAACGUUCCUCGUUUAUCUGUCAAUAAUCAACUAUUGACUCAAAACAGUUAUCCACUAUUAGUCGGCCUUUUAUACUGGAUACGUAGUGUUUGUAAAUAUCGUUUUUCAUUGUCUCCGGAAAAGUUGAAAAUUCCUCACUGUUUACCUUCUCAAAGUGUUGAUGUAAUUUGGUGUGGUUGUGUAAAUUAUUUACUUAGAAUAUCCAAAUCAAUUCAAGAGCCACUAACAUAUAAGAAGGUUACUCCAUUUCAAUCCCCAUCCCUCUAUGUGCGUGCUUCAAGUUCGAGCUCAGCUAUUUUAUCCGUUUGGCAACAUAUUGUAACUGUAACUUGUGAAUUAAUCCAACCACACGAUUUAAUUACAUCUUCUGGUCUGGACACUAUACAAUAUUGCCCAUCUCCAUCGGAAAGCUUGAACAUUAUUCAGAACUUUAUUCAGUUGUUAGAAGAAUUUAAACUUCCAGAUAAGGAAAAGAUCGAUUUGAUAUCUUCUCUAUGUGUAAAAUCUGCGGAACUUGGUGGUUUUUGGCUAAAGGAAAAUUCAACGCGUAAAACUUUUUGUGUAUCUCAAGAUGAUUUUCAUCGUUGGGGUACUCAAAUUAUUCGUCUUAUUGAUAUGGAACCUCGUUUAAACUUGUCUAAUAAAUCAAUUACGAUGCACAUUUUACGUUUAACUGGAGAACAACAUUUUCUCAAUUUGAUCCGCCUUAUUUUAAUUGGAUUAUUAUCAGAUUUUGUGGAAUUCAUAUCAAGCAAUAUUUCUUCACAGUCAAGUUUUAACGAUGAUUCAACUCAACUUUCACUUUCAAAUUGUCCACCAGUUCGUUUUUCUCCUGAUGCCCUGCGUGUAUGGUCGGUGUUGGUUGACCGAAUAACUCAGUUCAUUUUAGAUGAACACCGAGUGUCUGAGAAUCAGUCAGCCAUAGAUAUCGAUUUGAGUACUGUUGAAUCUGCGCUGCUAAUGCCAUUCUGGUUGGCUGGUGCUUCACAUCCAAACACAAUCAAUGGUAAUCACGAUGGUUCAUCUGAUGCUUUCCAGUACCUCUCAUUCAAAGAUAGUUUGGCUAUAUCAGUGCGCCAGUCUAAUUUAUUUUCAGCAUUUCAUCAGGAAUGUUGUUUAUUAACAACCGUUCCGACAAAUGCUUGGAUUAAUCAACUAUCUGUCAAACUAUCCACACUUAUUUUAAGUUAUGCACCCAAGGUAAUGGAAAACAUUAAUUUGCAUUUAAUUAGCCGUUUUGUGCAUUGUUUAGCCCAACGUGCAGAAAUUUAUGAAGAAAAGGGAAAUCAGAAAGAUACACACUGUACAUUUGCUUCUGUAAAAAUUGAUGAUCAACCACUUGGUCAACUUACUGGAUUAGUUAGCUUGCUUAAUUCAUUACUGUUAUAUAUACCAUGGCUUCACCCUCCAACACAAACUGAAAAUGAUGAUUCACCUCCCUGUUAUCUAAGUGCUCAGGAAUCAACUACUCAGUGGUUGACAUCUCCUCCCGUUAUAUCCAUUCGUACUCGAACAAAUCAGUUGAAUAAUGAGAAGUCUGCAAAUAAUGUUCAUUCCAUAAAUCGAUCUGCAAAUAGUAAUCAGGUCUCUUAUGGUUUACUUGAUGCUUUAGAGACAAUUGUAUUCCUUCUUAAUGUAAGUCAUAUAUAUAUAAUUCAUAAUUUAUAUCUUUGAACGAUGAUGCACGGCUUCAACUGCCUGAAAAAUUUAUCAAUUGGAAAUAAUUUAAAACAAAUUAACCUCCAUUUUAUCUGACUCAUAAACGGGUAUCAUCAACAUGGAGC